CACGUGCACUGGAAUGGAUGAAUUGGAGUAGGACAACUAGUUAAAUUAAAUCAUCCAACCAUCCAAAUAAAAUUAUUUUCCUGCUCGCACUUCUCUUGCCAUUGGAAUUGCCCGUCUGCAAUCCUCCGCAGACAAGAUGCGCCGCCACACCCUGGCCCUAACGGCCCUAACACUCUCUCUAACCCAAGGCACAACAGCAAGCUAUGCCUUCUACGUGGGCAAAAACCUCACAGCCAGCGGGGGCACAAUGAUCGGAGGUACAGGCGAAGAAGUCUCGAGCCACUGGCUGCAACUGUUCCCCGCGCGCUCUCACCCGCCCAACUCAACCAUCACCGUCGGGGUAACGCAGGACGCGAGCUACCCGGGCGAACUGAUCCAGAUCCCGCAGGUGAGCCAUACAUAUCGGUACCUGAGCAUGGAGUAUACGGAUUUCGAGGGGUUGCCGCCGCCGCUGACGAAUGGCGGGGUGAAUGAGUUUGGCGUUGGGGUUCGGGAUGUUUGGGCGGAUAAUCGGGAUGAGUUGCUGCAGAUGACGCCUGAUCCGCAGCGCGGGUUGCAGUAUAGUGACCUUGCGCGGGUUGUUAUGGAACGGGCAAAGACGGCGAAGGAAGGGGUGCAGAUUAUCGGGGAUAUGAUCAAGAAGUACGGAGAGGCGACUUAUGGUGGGAAUUCGCACCUUAUUGCGGAUUACAACGAGGGAUGGGUUGUUUGGGAGAUGGCUGGGGGAAAGGGUCUUUGGGCUGCGCAGCGCCUAGGCCCUGAUGAAGUUAAAGUGCUGUAUCCAGGGUAUAUCGAAGAUUUCCCGGUUGAUUUCCACGACAGCCCUGAUUACAUGGGCUCCGACAACAUCGUCUCCUUUGCAGUCGAGCAAGGCUGGUGGAACAAGACCUCCGGCAAGCCAUUCAACAUCUUCGACGUCUAUGGGCCCCAGGAUCCCCGGUAUAAAGCCCGCGACGGCGGAUACAAGUACAUGUCCCAGGCAACGCUGGAAAACGCUACAUUGGCAAUGGCCCCAGUGACAGAAGAAGACCUCAUGGCGCGGGUCCGCGACCACCGCAUCUCGGACGACGAAUCCGGGUACGGACAAGUCCUGACUCUGAGCCCUGGCGUGGACGCAGAUAUGCUCCGGAUCUGGAUCGCGCCGACAGGCUCUGUCUCGGCACCAUUCGUCCCUUGGUGGCUGGGCGUGCAGUCCAUCCCACCUGAAUUCGGGGAACACAGAUACCUGACCACCGGAGCGUCGAGCAGCUUCUUGAAUACCGAUUACCAGCUCCAGGAGGCGUCUGAGUUUGCGGGUCGGGUAUUCAAGCGCGUGUUGUACUACAUGUGCUCCGCGCCGAACCAGUAUCUCCCGCUUGUUACGGAGGUGCUGAAUGGGUUUGAGUCGGAAUCUCGAGAGCAGGUUUACGGGUGGGUUGAAAAGGCUGCACAGGGCUUAAUUGAUGCCGGGCAAAGGGAAGAGGCGCAGUCGUUGUUGACAUACUAUUCGCAUUCUCGAGCAGCGAAGGCACUUGAGAUUGGUCACCGCUUGAAUGGUGCUCUUGACGGGUAUAUCAAGCUCACGGGCAAGUGGAAGAGUCCUGUUGGCAGCGAGAUCAACGACAGUGGCGAGGGGAAUGAGACGGUCAACUGUCUGGUUGGAUAUGAUCCUGACCAGCCUGCAUAUCUACAGCACCAGACCGGAGUUUAAUGGCCGUCGUCAGUGAGCACCUAACUUCGUGCAUGGCAGUAAUAGCUUUAAGUAUUU